AGUACGGGUGGAAAACAAAACACAACGCCCUCAGUCUGAGUCCGCGCCGCAGCUGAGCUCGCUGCAUCUCCUCACACUCGCACCCCCCACACCUCCACACACUCACACACAUACACACACGCUCUCUCCUCCAGCUUUUCCCCUCCACAUCCAGCUCCUACUCCACCUCUCUGCUCUGUCCGAAGAUGACCGUGAUUGCUGAGGUGCCAUCUGCGAGCCUGACCUCCACCCGUGGGGAGUAGACCCGGAGCUGGGAAGAGAGAGAGUCUCUCUCUCUCUCUCUCUCUCUCUCUCUCUCUCUCUCUCUCUCUCUCUCGCUCUCUCUCUGUUUCUCUCCCUUCUCUUCUCACCACAGUUGCCCCAAAUCGCCGGGCACCGGGGUGACUGCGCUGCUUUAGCCUUUUCUCUCUCCACCAUUGAACCAUCUCGACAUCCACUAUUGGGAAUUCAGACGCACCGCUCUGCCCAGCGGAAGGGACAUCGACUUUGCUAUCGUGGAAAUCCUCGUAGAAAAGGGCUGAUUUUCCUCCUUUUUUUCCUUUCACAUAAGCCUUCGAGGCUCCCUCUCAAUCAGCAAAGCUGGAUCCUAUAAGCAUGGAGACGGUGGAGAAGGAGUGCGGGGCGCUUGGUGGGCUAUUCCAGGCGAUUGUCAAUGACAUGAAGUGUUCAUAUCCUGUCUGGGAGGACUUCAGUGCCAAGGCUACCAAGCUGCAUGCCCAGCUCCGAACCACCGUGCUAGCAGCAGUGGCCUUUCUGGAUGCCUUUCAGAAGGUGGCAGACAUGGCAACCAACACGCGAGGUGCCACCCGGGACAUUGGAUCGGCGCUGACCCGGAUGUGCAUGCGGCAUCGCAGCAUUGAGGCCAAACUGCGCCACUUCACCAAUGCUCUAAUGGAAAGCCUGAUCAACCCACUGCAGGAGCGAAUUGAGGACUGGAAGAAAACAGCCAAUCAGCUGGACAAGGAUCACGCCAAAGAGUAUAAGCGGUCUCGCCAUGAGAUAAAGAAGAAAUCUUCAGACACAAUGAAACUGCAGAAGAAAGCUAGAAAAGAGCUGCAGGGCCGAGGGGACCUGCAGCCUCAGUUGGACAGUGCCAUGCAGGAUGUGAAUGAUAUGUACCUGCUGAUGGAGGAGACAGAGAAGCAGGCAGUGCGGCGCGCCCUGGUGGAGGAGAGAGGGCGCUUCUGCACCUUCAUCAGCUUUUUGCAGCCUGUAGUGAAUGGAGAAAUUGCCAUGCUGGGAGAGAUCACACAUCUCCAGGCCAUUAUUGAUGACCUCACUGUGCUGACCACUGAUCCCCACAAACUGCCCCCAGCCAGCGAGCAGGUAAUAAAGGACCUGAAGGGGUCAGACUACAGCUGGUCCUACCAGACCCCUCCUUCCUCCCCCAGCAGCUCCGGCUCUAGGAAAAGCAGCAUGUGCAGCAGCAGUGUGAACAGCGCCCACAGUAGCGCCUCUCGCUCCUCGGGAGGCUCUCAGACUCACUCACCCAGUUCAUCCUGUCGCUACCGCAGCCUGGCCCAGCCGCCACCGGGGGGCGCUCACCGCCUCAGCAGCGUCUCCUCCCACGACUCCGGCUUCAUCUCUCAGGAUGCCAAUGUCUACUCCAAGCCCCCCUCGCCCAUGCCAUCGGACAUCACCAGCCAGAAGUCGUCGAGUUCAGCAUCCUCAGAGGCCUCCGAAACCUGUCAGUCAGUGAGUGAAUGCAGCUCUCCUACAACAUUUGGCUCGUCCUUCGCUACCUUCCGCCCUGCUCUCUCUCACACUGGCUCCAUCAGGCCUUUCUCUGUCAUACUUCCUGCGUCCCCACCCUAUAACCGCUCCCCUGGAUCCAACACUUCCUCUCCCACAUCCAAGGUUCCUUGCUGGAAGGACUGGUCCAAGGCAGGUCCACAUGAGCAGCCACUGGUCAACACGCUGCAGAGGAGGAAGGAGCCCUUGGAUAGGCUAAGGGAGUCAGAGGCAUCGCCUCAAUCACAGGGCUAUGCUGGGGUCCAUCCUGAAGACCCUCAGAGGCCAAGGAUGACCCCUGCUACCAUAGCAGCUAAGCACGGUGAGGAAGUGUCUCCGGCGGCCAGUGACCUGGCCAUGGUGCUGACGCGGGGCCUCAGUAUGGAGCAGCAGAAGAGCAGCAGAGACUCGCUCCAGUACUCCAGUGGAUACAGCACUCAGACAACCACACCAUCGUGCUCUGAGGACACUAUCCCCUCCCAGGGCUCUGACUACGACUGCUACUCUGUAAAUGGAGAUGCUGAAGCUGAUGGUCAAACCGAUUUUGACAAAUCCUCCACCAUCCCUCGCCACAGCAACAUCGCUCAGAACUACCGGCGCAUGAUCCAGACCAAGCGUCCUGCCAGCACGGCUGGCCUACCCAGCGGAGCGGGUGCUCAGGGCGGCCCGCCGGGUGCUAGCGGCGGAGGGGGUGGGGGCGGUGGAGGACCGGGCACCCCAGGUACUGCUACCAUCCGCCGGACGCCCUCCACCAAACCCGGCGUGAGACGCACCCUGUCUAAUGCGGGCCCCAUCCCAAUACGCCCACCAAUAGUGCCGGUUAAGACCCCCACUGUGCCCGACUCGCCUGGCGGUGCUUACCCGGGGCCUCCUGCUCGUGUGGGGAGCGAGGAGUGUGUGUUCUACGUGCCGGACGACGCCUCUCCCAGUGCUCUGGAGUACGUGAAAGCAUCGCCCAAGCGUCUAAGCCUGCCUAACACUGCCUGGGGCGCAGGGGCAGUGGAGAUGAGCGUUUAUGGCCAGCCUGGAGAAGAGGACCAGCUGCUGGCCGCCAACCGCCACAGCCUGGUGGAAAAAAUCGGCGAGCUGGUGGCCAGCGCCCACGCCCUGGGCGAAGGUCAGUUCCCCUUCCCUUCCCUCCCUGACAGGCCUCCUCCUGGACCGGAGGCCCAGGCUGACCCGCAGGAGCCCCAGGAGGGCGAGGACAUGCUGGUGUCCAUCCGUCGUGGCGUACGGCUGCGCAAGACCGUCUCCAACGACCGCUCGGCGCCUCGCAUUUUGUGAUGGCUCCUUGAGGCAAAUUGAGGGGAAAAAAACACUACACAUUGUGGACUCUUGUAGAGAACGACCUAUGAAAAAGAGGAUUAAAAAAAAAAGCUAAAUGUUUAAAGAAGUCGUUAGAAUUAAAUACGUGAUGAAAUGAUAAAUAACGAUAACAAAAAAAAAUAAGUAAAAAUGCUAAAUAACAACAGGCUCAGGCCACUAUAACUCUUUAGCGUGUCUGGACGCAUGUUUGUCUUAUUAACACCACCCAAUCACGGCGGGAUUGUAGUCAGACUGUAGCGAGACGCUGGGCGGCUGAAAGAAGGAGGGACAGGGACCUUAAGGGGGUCUGAAAAUAAAGGCCCGGUGUUGUAGGGGACUGAGUUUUCCUGUACAACAUCUACCCUCUAAAUGUGGACCCCAGGAGUCAGUGCUGGAAAAGCUCAUGUAGGGUGAGGAGGUGCUGUACGCCCCACCCCCACCUCCAGCUCGCUGACAUUACACUGCCGUCUGAACGUGAGGGUGAUGGAGCUGUUGUGCAUUUAUGACUGGUCGGUGUGGCUGUCAGUUAAGCUGGAGGUGAGCGGGGCUCUGCUGCAGGUCAGCUUGUGGUUCUGUGAGGGGGGCGGGGCUUGUCUUCUGUUCGUUGUUCUCUUUUCUUUCUAAGCAAUUAAUCUUAAUCCCAGAUUCUGAUCCAGAGCGUGUGCGUGCGUCAGGUGUAUGUAUUUUGUAGACAUAAAAAAUGCCAAUAUAAUGUGGAGCAAUAAAGCUUUUCUUUCUUUUUUCGUUGGUGGAAGAAAGAAGGAAUCAUGAGAGUAGUUUGGCUGUAGUUUUCUUCAGUGUGGGUGCUGAGGUUAUCAGCAGAAGAGCCUGAGCUUUGUCUGGUUUAGUUCUGGCCAUAAUACAAGGGGAGCAAAGUGAAGAGGAGGAAGAGCACUUUUUAAGAUGUAGUGUUCAUGUUGACCACAGGGUGUCAUUGUGGCUGCACUGUGUGCAGUGAGUGUGCAGAAGAGAAGAGAAAAGGCACUUACCUUAAGGGAGGUAGAAAGUAAACAGGCUUGGAAAAAAGAGAGGAAAAGAAAGUGAAGUGUAAAAGAAGGAAUGAGUUGGGGUGGUAAGUGAUGGUUAUUUUUUAUGCUCUUGUUAUUUUUAACUGUUCCAAGUUGAGUAUUUACAUAGAAUAUAUAUCUUUUUCAUGAAUUGGUGUGGGUUCGCCUCACCUUUGGACAUCAAGCCUCAAACCACAGCCCCCUGACUCAGCUGUAUGUGCUGGAGGUGGGUCAGUGAGCUAAGAUGAAGGCACAGACCUGGUUGGGAAGAGUUUGAGAGGGACCUGGUGUGGAAAAGUAACGAAAGAAAGAUGAGGAUGAGGAUGAGGCCGAAGAAGCAGGGAGGUAGAGAGAAUGAUCUCUGGCAAAGGAAAGCAAGUCCAGUUCUUUCUAACGCAAGCAUUCCACUGCCUGAUCUAGAACUUAGGACAACUCACGCAAGUAAGUAACCACUUUGGCAUUUUAUGAAGUAUCGUGUGGAGACAUCCCGUGAGUUCCCAUUUUGAAGUGUGAGAAAAAGGAUGAUCAUUGGUGACUCUGGACAUGGAGUAGUACAUAGGUGGCCAAAAACACUGUUUUAGUCCUGUAGUAUCUGUCUGUGAGUGACUUUCUGUGCUCCCAUGAUUCAUUAUAACCCCUGCCGUCUCGCAUAGCUCUGUCGCUCGAAAAUGACCACUACAUGUGCGACUAAAUGGACACGUAAUGAUUUUUUUUCUUGAUUAUUUAUUUUGCAUAAAUAGAGCACUCUGUUUUAGGAAUGCCUGUAGCUAAUUAAAAAAAAAACAAUGUGUACCUGCUUUGCAAGAGUAAGACUGUGCCAGAAUGUUUGAUCCUUUGCUAGGAGUGAGCAGGAAGGGGGACCACUGCCUAGUACUACACGCCAGCCACAGUGACCCUGGCCAAGAGGUCAGCCCACAGAGACUCUUCCAGAAAGCACAGGUCAUAACUUUGUAUAUAUACUCACAUAUAUAUACAUACAUGUACUGUAAAAGAAGGUGGACAGUAACUGUACUAGCCUCAUCACAAAAAUAACAAAAUGUGUCUGACACAAAUAUUGUCUAACAGUCCUGGAGAAAAGCAGAGGUCAAGUGGCACGGGGUAUGACAGCAAUAUGGCGGAGUUUUCUAGAAAAAAAAAGAGAAUAUGAUCAUGUCUAACAAUUCGAUAUCCAGUACUUGUAUACUGUUUCUUCAAUGUGCAACGUGCUAAUUUACUAUGGUCUCAGUUUCUUUUCAUGCUUAGUCUGCUCUGAUAUUAUAAUUCACACUGACUUUCGGACGAAUCAGUGAGUGAGAGAAAAGCCGAGAAAUGAGGAGGCAUGAAUGAGAGAGAGACAGAGUGGGAUAGAAGAUGAAAAUUACAGAGUGGUUUGCGAAAUAUAUCCAGCUGUGAGUGAGACGUGUAGCCAAUAGUGGAGAUUGACUGAGUAUAAUGUAGAGCAUCAUCCCAGGAAGUGAACUCACCAUUAGUUUUCCAUAUCAGGGCUGUGCGGUUCCAUCCAGGACCACAGCUCUGCACAGUGAAGAGCUUCCCCUGCAUAACUGAUAUCCAGGCUCCGCCCAUGACUGCAUUCUUCAUAUCUACAGUUGCAAGGCCAAACUUUGAUAAAAUCCCAUCGAACUUAAUGAUAUUAGAUUAGAGUUUAGAUUCCGGUUUCCAGUUUAAAAUGCCCGCUAUGGAGCUGGACUUUGCAGGUUAAAAGCAACAACACGUGCCAUUAUGAUAACACUGGCCAUUUGUAAUUAAUAACACGUUCUGAAUUUACAUAUUUUGAUUUGUGAGCUACAGUUUUUCAUUAACUUGAAUCACCUUUUUGCACUCUAUAAGGAUAGAUCACAUGUUUUUGUCAUGUAAUAAAGCUAACAUUAGCAUACUGGCAAAUCUAAAACUACAACAUAGUGCAGAUCAGUAGAUUAGCAUUUUAAACUGGGAACCCAACAUUAUGUAGCACCUCUAUACAAAGUGCGCUACAGUUUGGUUGAAUGUGGUUCCGUAAAGCUUGUCCAAACUUGCAACAGUUGCAAGGAACGAAUGCAUUUGUGGGCAGAGCAUGAGGCCAAGUCUUGAUGUCUUACAGUGAGACGAUUUAAAAACCAUAUGCUGGAAACUAAAAGGAAAAAGAGGAACUAUUUUUCCAUCCACUUUGAGCCAAUUUCAUGAAAUCAUUUUAAAGUUUAUGAAAAAAUGAAAUCAUGCAGUAGAGGUGUGCGACUAAAGUGAGGUAAGAAAACAAGUGCUAUGAUGUGCAUAUAAUGUGCAUUAAAUAUAAACAAAACACCACAAGCAAACAAACAAAAAGGUCGCACAAGUAUUUUAGCACUUCAGAACUAGCCAGCUAGCAUAAAGACCCAGAUUUAAAACAAAAUCCUAUUGAGAAUUGUUUAAUACCUGGUUGAUGGUCAUUCUUAGAUGAAAAUGUUACAAACUGGACAUAAUGGUGCCUAUGUAAUAAAAUUAGACAUGCUCUGGUACAAUACUGUGACUAAACCGCUCUACUGGGUGACUGCAGCGUGGGGAAUACCAGCACCAUAGCAAAGCAAAACAUGGUGCAUUAAGCUUAUGUGCAUUUACUGACGGAUACCAUUUCAGAGAGCAGCAUAACACAGUAUCAUCAUGCUUGUAUGGAACUGUGCAUUGAAUCAGACCCAGUAUAUGCCACAAAUUGGAUGGAAACCUGGUUAUUGUCACUCUUCGGGCAUUGAACGUACACAGGCACAGGUGAGGAGGAGACACGCUGUCUGUCUCUCUUUCCUCUCUGACAUACCUUUGCCAUUGUUUGUAUCAUUCACCAUUUCACUCAUAUCCAUGAUAUCGCGUGGUUGUUAAAAUUCUUACUUUUUGCAUUAUUCAUGUUCUGCCUUAUUACAAGCCAACAGUCGAAUGCCAAAUUUCGUACCAGAAGUGUGACUUCGCUCAGAUGCUGUUUCCUCGAAAAACUGCACCGCGACUGUCUCUGUAAGGCCGGCGUGACACUGUUUCCCUAAGAGAGGCUAAUGUAGCUAAUGAAAUGACUCUCAUUAAUAUUAAUGUUUACAUGCUGCUGAAUUUGUGCUCGCCUCCUUUUCCAUGUGCUCCUACUGGGCUAGCUGAAGUUAGCUUCAGCACCGCCUGAGCAGAGGGAGCUGUGUGAUGGAGUGCAUGUUUGCUCUCUCCCCUGCUGGUCAGAAGGUGCCCUAAAGCAUUCUUUACAGUGAAGAGAGUGCAGCCAUUUACUUUGACUCUAUUACAUUUUAGACAUCAGACACAACAUUUUCAAAGCUAGCUCCAUAAGCAGUAUAGUGGUUUUCAAUGCCUUGGAUAUGAACUACGCAGCCAACCUGUACAUAAAAUAGGCCACAGUCUGUAAAAAACAGAUCAUAAGCAGUUUAUCUUGCAAAGUUAGGCAGUUCAUUUUUCACAUUUUUCCAUAGCUAUUAGGGAUGAGUCAGAGUUUUCAGAUAUUUGAAUAGUCAUGAAAAUCAUGACAUGCUAUGCUCCACCAUAAGGCAGUGCAUGUUACGUUUUGGUCAGAGUUUCUUAUCUGUUUAGUCCAAAGAAAUAAAUGUAGAAAUGUUUCUGCAGCUGGCUAAAGGCUAACACACACUGAGCAAGAAGCUGGUGCCAUGUAACAAAGAGUACAGAGCACAGCUAUAGUUCAUAGGAAGCAUCACAGAAAAGAGCAGAUAAACAAGCUCAUCUUACAUUUGUAGAGCUGAUGGAAUAAAAGUUUCAACAUCAUUUAGGGAAUUUAUAACAUUUGGGAUCAGCUGACUAACUUAACAAACUCACUGUUUUCCUAGGCUAGUAACAUUAGCUGAGCCCAGAUAGCAAACUAGUCUGCUGCCUUGAUAAAGUCGGCACCCUGCUGACUAUAUGCCACUGCUGAUCCAGCCUCUGACCACCCAGAUUAAGGUCUACUAGCUUGUAAUCUCCUCUAACAGAUUUUAAAAUGUCCGUGGCCUUUUAGAAAAUAAAACUAAGACAAAUAUUAUAAAGAAUUGAGAGACAAAACUAGGCCUGAUAUAAAAUGAUUUUGUUGAAAAUGUUGUUGCUGACACUGUGGUAGACUGGUUACACAGCUUUACUUAUGAUAUUGCUGUUAGAAUCAUUUACUAAAUUAAUUUACAAAGGAGAACGAAAGAAAGAGAUAAAGGCAAAAUAAGUAAAUUGGACUGUGAGUGGAAAAAAAUGGCAUUUUGUGUAAUACCAUUUAACCACCAGUGGCCUACUAUCUUUUUGCUAUCUAGGCUGUGACAUAUGAUUAGCAUUUGUUUGUUAUCUUAAAAAUACCAGUUUGGCUACUUUCUUGGUCAUCUAAAUGGAUUUGUGGUCUGGGUUUAAUGCCAAUAUGUCCAGUGUGCAGUAGCCUUGUAGCCUUCAAUGUCCUAUACUUUCUGGGGGGUGGGGGAGGGGUGUUUUUGAAUAUUUUUGAAAUGACUUACACAUUCAAAUUUGACUGAAAUGCCCGUCCCUAAUAGCUAUAUAGGCUUCCAUGCUAGUUUGCUUGUGAUGUCAUGUUUCUGUGUUGUGUAUAUAUAAGCCCAUUGUACUCGCUUUCAUCAUUCUAGCAUCUGGACAUUAGAUAGUAGCUCCAAAAAUCCAACCAUUUUAUCAUUCCACAAUGCCUUUUCAGUUUGCAUUUGUUCUUUUUUAAUGACUAAAAGGAUCUGUAAAGACUGUAUGUUCAUAGCCUUUAGCAGUAAUUGCAAAAAUAAUUGCAUCAUCUCCAGAAUGGUCCAAACUCCGGUACAGCUGCAUGCAUGUUCAUAUUAAAUCGAUUUUGGGCUUGCAACGAUUUUUCACUGUAGAAGAGCCAAGCUGAAAAUAACACCAUUAGCAUACAGCAGGAACCCUUCAUAAGAGCUGCACUUUUGUUUAUUGCUAAAUGAAAAUGCCUGUUUAUGAAAUUAGUUACAUAAAUCCUGCAAUUUGCCACUUAUUUAGUGCAAAAAGCAAAAUAACAAGGCUGGCGCGGUCCUGUCUAUUGUUCUUUGUGUUCUAAUUUAAGCUACCAGGUAGUGGGAGUGUAGAAAGCGUACCUUCUGAUAAGGGUCUCUUUACUCUAAUAAAGAAACAGCUGGAUACCUUAAAGUGUUCAAAAUUAUGUGAGCAUAUGCUGUAGAUUUAACUCAUCUGAACCCAAACUGAAGGUUGUAGUGCAUCCUCAGCUUUGCCUCUUUUAUCUCAUUGGUCUCGCAUUGUUCUUCAUAUUUCAAAUGAGUCUAAAACGCAUCGCUUGGCUGGGCCUGGUUUGUUCUGGCCCGAACACAUGCAACACCCACUCAGUCUCACCCACACAAGCUCUGUUGUUCAGAGAGGCCCUGAAUCUCGCCCAGCAGUGGAACCUCUGCUUCCUUUCCACACGCACACAAGCCGAGAUUGAUGCUCGGCAACCAGGUGCCAUGGUAACUCAGCUGAAUGUCUUAACGGCGUCACUCUGCGCACUCUUCUCCUGCACUUAAGUCUCUCGUUCAUCCUUCGGUUUGCUCCCGAGCCCCGAAAAAGGCGGCUCGGCCUUCGCCACUGUUCUUAACCACCAGAGAAAAUGUGUGCAUUAAUUUUUGUAAACCCCCCCCCACCCCCCCACCCCCUUCCUCCAAUGGAGUCAAGUAAUGCUACAGGUGCUGUCGUCUCUGUCCUCCUUCUUCUUUAUCUCUCUUCUCUUUAUCUCUCACUUUAAUUUAUUGUGUUCUCUUUUAUUUCUCUCUAAGGCUACUUUGCCUCUGUUGCUGAUGACGUUUUUUUUUGUUCCUUUUUUGUAAUAUUUAUCCUCUUUAUUUUGUUAACUCUAGUCACUGCUAAUGUAACAAAACGCACUGUGAUGAUUCCAGUAUUAAUAAAAGUUGUACUUAAACCGUGUGUUUCUA